CAGAACAGCGGUGGUGACGUCAGUCAUACAAGCCCGAGCAGCAGUUUUGCGCGCUGCCGACGCCAACGAGCACGAGCCGAAGCUUCCUCCACAUACAGAGCAGAGCCAGAGCAAGAACCAGGAAGUGAAAGUAUACACAUGGAGGGUGUGUCGUUCCCUGCCAGCGAAUGUUUUAUUUUUAAAAACACAGUCCUCCUCCUCGGAUAAAUAAUGGGGGACACGGCAAGGACCAAGCGGCGGGAGCAGCUGAAGCGCUGGGCCAGCUCAUGCACCAACAAAGCGUCGGCCGUGCCAAGGCGGAGGUGGCGGGGCGAUGCCGACAACGGAGCAGGGGAACCGGAGGCCGAGCUCAGCGACCCGUCGAGGGAGCAGCCAGUGUGUGGAGGCAGAGAUGAAAUCAGUCCCCUUUUCAAACGACGGAAAAGGGUGAGGUUUGACAGGGCUGCUGAGUUCCUGGCUGCCUGUGCCAGCGGGGACACGGAGGAGGCCCAGGUAAUGCUGAUGGAGGCCAAAGAAACCAAAAGGAAGAAUGGGGAGGACGUGGCAGAAAUUAUCAACUGUUCCAAUGCUGAUGGAAUCACUGCUCUCCACCAGUCCUGCAUAGAUGGCAGCAUGGACAUAGUGUCCUUCCUUUUGGAGCAUGGUGCCAACGUGAACCAGGUUGACAGUGAGGGAUGGACACCGCUGCAUGUUGCUGCCUCUUGCGGCUAUCCAGACAUUGCAGAUUUUCUUUUGCAGCAAGAUGCAUCUCUCUCUGCUGUGAACUGUGAUGGUGACGUUCCUCUGGACAUUGCGCUGGAUGAGGCCACUGAGUCCCUCCUUCAGAGUUACACUCUGAGACGGGGUGUGGACUUGGAGGCAGCCAAGCGGCUGGAGGAGGAACAGAUCAUGACAGAUGCCCGGACCUGGCUGACCGAGGGCCCACCCGCUGAUGUACGACACCCCAGGACCGGGGCCACCCCACUACAUGUAGCUGCUGCCAAAGGCUACCUAGAGGCCCUCAAGAUACUGUGUCAGUGUGGUCUGGAUGUGUCAGCUAUGGACUUUGAUGGCUGGACGCCUCUCCAUGCUGCAGCACACUGGGGUCAGGGGGAAGCCUGUUGCAUUCUGGCUGAACAGCUGUGCAAUAUGGAGGCCCGCAGCAAAGCGGGUCAGACACCGUUUGAUGUCGCUGAUGAAAGUGUUGAGGAGCUCCUGGAGGAGUUAUCACAAAAACAAGCAAAUUCCAUAUUGGACAAGCAAAACCAACAAGGCUCCACUGCUGCAAACGCACAAAGCAAACGGCGGAGGAGCUCAGUGUGCAGGAUGAGCAGCAAAGACAAGAUGAACGUGCAGGACCAGUCGAAAGAGAGGGGCGUUUCAGGAGGCCUGGAGCUGAGCGAGGAGAAAGAGAGCAGCCCCGAAAGCUCGAUCGUGUCCAGUCCAGAGAGUGCAACCACAUCCACAGUCAGCCCUGCUGACAAGACACCAGAGGAGAAAGAUGAUGAGGAGAAGGAGCAGGACAAGGCCAAUCGCACUGCCAGAGUCCAACCAACUCCUCAGACGAGGGAUGCCUCGGCUGAGAGCCCCAACACCCCCAACACCCCCAACACCGACAGGCGCAAGUUCCAGGCUCCAACCAGAGACGAAGAGUCUGAGUCUCAGAGGAAAGCUCGCUCCCGGCUGAUGCGGCAGUCGCGCCGGUCCACGCAGGGUGUGACUCUGACAGACCUGAAAGAAGCAGAGAAGACUGUUGCUAAAACCGCAGAUCCACCACCUCGCAACAUCCAGCCUGUCAGCCCCAUUGUUACUGUCACACCUGCUGAAAGGGAUACAGACCCGGUGAGCCUGAUGGAGCCAGAGGGUGAGAAGCGUCUGGGAGUGAAGGACAGGAGGAGAGGGAGGAAGGAGAGACGCUCCACUGGCAUCGUUCAGCCAGAAGGAGAGAAUGAAGAUGAGGACGCUCAUUUGGAUGAUACAAACAGUAACAGUACUUCCAACGAGAGUCAACUGGGAGACUCGUCAUCUGAUUACAGAACGCUGUACUUAAAGGUCCUGCAGGAAAACUUGGCUCUGAAGGACAAGCUGCAGGAGAAGGAGCUGCUGCUCAGCCAAAACAAAGUGGAGCUGGAGAGACUCCAACAGAGUCAAGAGAGCAGCACAGACAGACCGGCCCUGCUGGAACUGGAGAGAUUCGAGAAGUUGGCCCUCCAGAGGAAAGCAGUGGAACUGGAGGAUGAGCUGAAGGUUCUGGGGGACCUCAGAGCAGACAACCAGAGGCUCAAGGAUGAGAACGCCGCACUCAUUCGAGUCAUCAGCAAACUCUCAAGAUGAACCUUAAACAAACUACAUGGAGAUUAAAAAAAGUAUUACAGAUUCUUCUUUUGCCCAAUUCAGAAGACACAAACCGGGAAGAGAGAUGGCAGCAUCCAACACCUGCACAGCACAUUUAACAGUAACUGGAACAGCGUAUAGAUUUCAGGGUUUUUAGCCUGUGUUUGGGCCUUUAUGUUUUGGCAGAUCUACUGUAUAACAAGCUGAACUGCACCUCCUGUGGACUGACAGGAAGUUCCUGCUCACAUCCACUUUUAUAUUAAGUCUUUAUCAUUGUAUUUUUUGAACUGGAAUAUUUUAAUGUGCUUUGCUCCUCUGAUACUUUGUAUAAAAUCCGUAUUAAGAGACUUAAAGCCAUGCACAGUGCGAGCUCAUAGUAAUGUUUUAGCCUUCUUGACCCCUGCAGGGUUGGAGGAAAAGGAACUCCACUCUGGGUGUGGUUACCACAAAAAGACAAAAAAAAAAGACUUACCGUAAAUGUGCCAAAAACCAGCCCUAGUCUUGCAUGUCCUUUGGGGGAAACUCCAAGUGGUCAGUGUUGUUUCUCAGGGUGAGUCUUGGGUCGAUGCUUUCUGUUUUUGGCUGACUGCUGUAAAGGUGGACCAAAUUUGCAUGCUCAUUUCUCCCUGCUCCACUGAAUGUAUAUUUAAUAUGUAUAUUUAUGUACAGGGGCCAUCUGUCCUGACAGUGAUGUAAAGGUGUAGUCGUGGUCUCUGUUGUACAAAGGACGGAGAGUUUUGGGUGCUAAUCAUGGAAGUCAGGUGCAGAUCAUGUUCAGAGGGAUUUUUACAGAAAAUGUUUUGUUACAAACGUCAGAUCUUUCAAGAGCUUUAGGAGAAUGCAUGCUCUAUCCUUAGUAAGUCCGUAGUAAUUUUGCUUCACCAUUUUUGACUGGACGCUUAUGAAUGCAACGGCCCCUAAGCUAAGUAUUCACCCUGUGACGGACGGCUGUUAGUAUUCAACAGACAGGCCAGAUGGGUCAACGUUUGAAUGUUUACUCUAAUUUUAAUGAAAAAACUUGCAUGUCAAAUUGUAUUUUGAUGCUGUGCCUUUCGAUAUACAUUUCUAAGUAAUAUUUCUAUUUUGCUUUAGCAAAAGUACACUGUUAAGUAUAAAAUACAGUAUGGGCAUAAAUUAUUAAGGCUCUGUUGUUUCUGUUUGUUUUUACAAAUCACUGUACAUUAUCUUUGACUUUGAUUUUUCCCCAAAGGACAGUAUGGUGUGUUUCUGAAAAGAACUGUGAAUGUGGAGCUGAGAACUAUAACAGGGUUGACACUAGAGCCCAUUAUAUUUGCCAAUAUUAGUUUAUUGUAGAUGUAUCAUACUGGUGAAUAUGUAGGCCGAUAAGUACUGAAAUGUCAAAAAAUAUUUAUGCCGUAAUUGAGAAAAUGUAUGUUUCAAAGUGUCCCACGCAGCACGUAUUGGUUACAAUUAUUUUAAAAAACAAAUGAUAAUUAAGGUUUCUUAUCAAAGUUAUUAGCUACAAGAUUUUUCUGUCAAAUACUGAUAUUAGCAUUAAACUCCUGUAUUGCUCAGCCUCCAGUUGACCCCCAACUGAUUCAUGUUUUAGGCCUCUAAUAGUGUGUCCUGUCGGGUAUGUAUGGGUAUGACUGGUCUUACUGUCAUUGAGUCAUAUACAUUAAAAACGUAUUGGUUUU